AUGUUUUUUCGUCGAGUAUUCUCACGAAAAGAACAAAAUGAAAUGCAACAAACAAAUUUAGAUGAUCAUUCAUCAAAUUCGAUUCGAACACCAAACACAAAUAAUUCGCCAUAUCGAAGUGUGCGCCGUGCAUCAAUUUCAAGUGAUGAAAAACGAAGUUUAACAAUGGUUCAACUAACACCUCUAUGGGAGACAAUAAUACGCACCAAGCGUUUACCAGACACUAUAAAAAUCAGUGAAAUAUUUGAUGAAUUUGCUGAACGCCUUCGUGAUCCCGAAUGGCAAGUUCGACAACAUGCACUUCGAGUGCUGAUUGACGUGCUAAUCGUAAUGUCCGAUCGAUCUGAUCAAUAUUUUCAGCCAUUAAUUUGUCCCCUGGUCGAGAAUCUGGGCCAUUCAGCGCCAGCCAUUCGUAAAGGCGCACUUGAUGCGUUGAAAGUAUAUAUGACGGAAACGGCGAUGCCAGAAACGAUUAUGUUGGAAAUUAUCAGUUUGGGCAUGGAACAAAAAACAUAUUUUGAACAAUUCGAUGGUCGAGUAUGUGUCGGUGUGAUGUUAUCGAUGCCCUCAUUAGUUUAUACAUCGCUCGGUACACCGAAACAAAGUCAUAUCGUACGAACUGCCAUUCGAGCGCUGACUGAUAAAAUGGUUCAAGUUACAUAUCAAGAAAUUGCAUUGAAGGUACUUUUACGAAUCAGAGAAAUGGUUGGUGUUCGUGAUUUUUCCGAACAUAUUGCACAUGGUGCAUAUCGAGAUUUUGAACUAUUGUGCAAUGUUUAUGGUUUACCAAGUACGCCGAAUACACAAGAUCCAUCUUUGGAGUUGUGCAUGCCUCAAACGUCAGUUGAAACGGGCCGAGUUUGGAAUCCAGUGCCAUCAUCCACGGAAUCGAAUUCCAAAUUUAAACGCACCGAAUUAUGUUGGCGUGAUAAAGCCGACGAAACGUCGGCCGAUGAAGAGAAUAAUACAAGCAUAACUGUAAAGACAUUUAGUGCUGGAUGUAAUGGAAAUUCAACAGCUGCAACAGCAACAUCAACGGAAAAAGGUUGUGUGCAAACGAUAAAUGUGAUUGCUAAAAAGCCGGAUAAUGAAAAAAUCAUUAUGGAAACCGAAAUUCAAAUCCAAGAUACAGCUGUCACAAUGCGAAUUUUAGAAGCAAACAGUAAUAGCAGUGAGAAUGAAGUGGCUGGUGAAAAUAGCGAAGAUGAUUUAUCCUCAAUGUACGGACAAAAUGGUGUUGUGCGCAUUAUGACCGACAGUGAAAUUGAUGAAACAAAUGGUAGCAAUUAUACAAAUGGCAGCACCAUAAUCGAAGUACUUGAUUCGAAUCGUAAUUCAUUAAAGCGCGUCACAUUCGGCGGUGAAGAAGUAAAAUUACGAACACCAGACAGCGAUAGCGUUUUACAAAGUGACAAUGACGAUGCACAAAAAGCAAUACAAAAAAUUGUCGAACAACAAAUCGGAGCCAAUCAAAAUGUUUUAAAACAAUCUUCGAUUGUUCGUGAUCGAGAAGUAAAUAAUAAUUUUUUAACCGUAAAACGUCCACAAACGGCAAGUAUUGUGAUAACGGCGUCAUCGCCGCCAACAUCGGAUGCAGAAGCAAAUAAACAACGACAUAAAUCUGCAUCGCCCGCCAAACGUAGCCGACGACCGUCGUACAGUUCAACCGACGAACCGAUUCUAUCACCAAAAGGAGCGCACAAAAGUAUCGAAGUAUUACAUAACUUAGUACAACGUAGCCCAAGUGUAUCGCCAACACGUUCACGACGAAAUUCAAUGAUAGAAACAAAAUCAUCCGAAGAAAAUGAUAAAAAUGGUCCAAUUGAAAUCGAUAAGAAUGCAUCGAAUGGGGAAAAACAACCGAACACCACAAAACCAAGUGAUUUGAUUGUGGAGGAAAUUUCAUCACCAGAAAUGACUCGGAAAGAGAUUAAAUCAUGGGAAGACCUCGGCCUAGUCGAUGAGCUUUGUCUACGAAAUUUAAAAAGUGGGGAUUGGCGUUUACGGACGAAUGCAAUGGUGGCGAUUGAGGAAAUGCUUAAAUCGACAGAUAAUUUGGCAUCGAUUCAACCGUAUUUGGAGUCAUUGUUACGGACAUUACUGUCAUCGGAGAAAAAUUUAGAUGUGUUGAAUGACAAAAGGCGAAUACUUGUUAAUUUGAUUUCAAGGCUUCCAUUAGAAAAUCUAGAAUCAAGAGCGACGCAAAUUAUUAUUGGACUAUGCAGACAAGGUGGACCGGGAGGUAAUCGUGUGGCAAAAGCGUUAAUGCAGCGAUUACCACCAACAGCCGUUGUGAUCAAACUUAUAUCCGAUGAUUUUUUGAAGACCCAUAGCUCAAGGUUUCGUGAAAAUGCGUUACAAAUGGUUCUUUACGCAUUGAUGACAUUUCCUUCGACAUAUUUCGAUUUACACACGUUGGUAAAAAAAUCGGCAGAAGCGGCCAAUGAUCAGAAGAAACGAGUUCGUCAAGCAGCAUUGGACGUUUUAGCUGUUCUCGGGCAAAUCAGUACGCCAAAAACUGUUCUCGAAGAAGUGACUGAAACGUUACGACAUGAAAAAGAGGCACAUCGUUUGAUAGCUGCCAUUAAAGCGCGCUUAUCGAGAAAGCAACUUCCAUCGGUGACGCCUGAAGGAUCGGUUCAUUAUGCAUUACGAAUACCGACGCCACCUCAAGUCAUAUCAAGCUAUUAUUUUGGAGCGGACAUUGAUUGGAUCACUGCUGGUAUUGGUUCGGUUUCACCCGUAUCGUCGAAAAAACGCUUUGAUCCAACACAAAUGGCGUACAAUUAUUCGUCCAGUGAUUCAAAUAGAAGCAUCGAUCUAAUGCGAAGAUCGAUGAAAGAUUUAAGCGCCUACAAUAUGGGUUCGAGUUCGGAGAUAGACAAUGGAUAUGCAUAUCAAAAGGUCACGCCGCGUGAUGAUAAAAAUACACAUUUUGUCAUGGCGGCACAGAUUCCCACUAGUCAUAUCAGAUUUCCUCCAACCGGUCUUCAUAAGCUAAACUUACAGUCACAAUCAUUCCCCGACCUCACACGUAGAGACACAAAAAUUGGACCAUAUAAACCGAACCAUGUCGAUGGUAGUAAAUUGUCGAAGCUACCAGUUGCUUCAAGGUUUCCAUCGAUGGAAUCAAAUAUCGAAGCACGAAAUAAAAUCGAUCAAAAUUAUUAUCAUGGAAGUACCAAUCGUUACUCAAUUUAUCCAAAUAACAAUAGUUUUGCAAUGAGAUCGAAUGGAUCAUUGCCGAGAAAAUUCCAUACCAGCACAAAUAUUCCCGUCCGAAAUGAUUACCAAAAUUAUUCUCAUGGUGCUUUGAAUAGCCAAAGCUCCAAUGAUGAAUCAAGACCUUCAACGCAUCCUGAUGAAUAUUCACAGCCGCCACCGAAGCGUUUCGUGAAUGUCGACAAGUACUUAGACGAAUCGUCGAGCGAAUCGAAUUUACCAUUGAAAACUCUGCACGAUAUUCGGUAUGCCAGUCAAUUAAAAUCACCGAGUCACGAGGAACGUCGACUACAUACCGAAGAAUUAAAUCGAAAAAAUGCUCAACAAUCUGAAUUCGAGCGAGUUUCCAUUGAAAAUGAUGGACUCACGAAUGGAAGUCAUACAUUAACGCCGCACAAAUUUGUGGAAAAUAAUGCUCAAAAUGGUGGUGCAACACAAAUGGACAGUGAUGGAGAGGAUAUAUCGAUUGUGGCCAAUGAAGGCCAACGACCAUUAUCGCAUGCAUCAACCGCAACAACGAGAAGCAUACAAGAUGAAGCAAGUAGCCUUGGCGCUUUGGAUAGAACCAAAAGUGCUUAUUCAAUUGGACAAUCGUCCAUCGAAGAAAUUAUUUCCCAAAAAUCGGUUGCCACCACCGCUGAUAACCUUGACGUAGAAAAUGAGGCAAUUGAUACAUCACUCGAACAUAUUCAAAAUGAAAAUAAUGAAAAAUUAAUUGCUGUCGAAUCGCAUACAACAAAUGCGAUGAUUCAUGAUCACGAUGCAAUUGAUGGUAUUGAACAGACCGAAGAAAUCCAUAUUGAAACGCAACCCGAACAAUUAUUAGACGCUCCCUAUGUGUCUGUGCAUAAACCAAGUUCAGAUGAAAAUGAUCCACAGUCCGAAAGUGAUUCGAUAAGUAUAAUAAGUAGCGUGGAGAGUUCGGAUUAUCAAGCGAUGCGUGAAAAUACAGCGAAAACAAUGACCGUCCCGAUUGGUGAUCAAAAAAUUAUCAAUAAACCCAUUCCGAAAUUGCGUCCAGCUAUUAUUUCACGACGAAAUAAAGUCACCCCCGUUAAAGCGUAUCCAUUGAGUGCAACAUCGGGACCAAAUUCAAAAUCGGCUGCCUUGUUUGCGGCAAAUUUGCGUAAAUUUGAUAAGCCACGAGAGGCAUCAAAUAGUUGCUUAAAUCAAUUGGACAAUCCGAAUUGGGAGACGACCAUGAUUGGAUUACAAAAUUUCGUUCGACUAAUAAGACAUCAUCCGGACAUUGUGGAUGCACAUAUCCAUGCAUAUUGUGUGGCAUUAUCAAAACAAGUGAAAAAUUUACGAUCACAAGUAUCACGAUCGGCGUGUCAAGCAUCAGCUGAAUUUUUUCAAACACAUUCCAAACAAUUGGAGACCGAAUGCGAAGAUUUAACCACACAAUUAUUCAAUCGAACAGCCGAUACGAAUAAAUUUUUACGGGCAGAUGCAUUCCGUGCCUUGAGCGCAAUGUCGGACAAUUUGCCACCAACAAAGGUGAUUCAAGUCAUACUAACACGCGGUGCAACACACCAAAAUGCCGUUGUUCGUACAACAACAGCGAAUUUGUGUAGUCGAAUUGUUGGCCGUUUAGGAUAUGAGAAAAUCUAUACUUUGAACCGAGAACAUCGUGAUAAAUUGAUUUUGGCCUGCGCAAAUUUCCUGAUGGAAGGCAGUUUGGACACACGAAACAAUGCAAAAGCAUUUUUCAAACAACUUUCAACACAUCCGAAUUACAAUCGAACACUACAAGACGUUAUACCGCCACGAAUUUACCGAAAUAUCGAAAAAGCAUUACGUUCUAUUAAGUAAAUUAUGUUAUGAAUUUAUUUAGGGGAAAAAUACCUAUGAAAGAGUCUGAUAAUUAACAUUUUGACUCCUGUAUAAAACUGUAUAUAAAUUAAGAUUUAAAAUUGCAUUUUUUUCUGUUGGAAAAGGGAAAAGGUGUGACGAAUAACCAGAUAUGUGAAAAAUCGAUAUGUUUUUCAUAUUUUCUAAUAUAAUUCUUCCGUUUAAGUUGCGAACACCUUUUCUCUCAUAGAUACAUUAUCUCUUUAUCAUACCAUUAGACUGUAAUCAUUAGAGAAAAUUUGUUUUUGUUAAAUCCUCAUUUUAUAAGUAGUCAAAUAUAAAACAGAAAUAUAAAGGCGAGAACGACAAUGGAGAAUGCAACACAUAGCCUCGUCUCGCUUAAAUUUCCCGACUACAUAGAGCCGUGCAUAUCACUCGAAUACACUUCAAGUGUAAUAAAAAUGAAUCUUUAUCACCUAAAUAUCGUUUUAUCGU